GUAACAUGCAGAUGUGUGGCAGUCACGAACGUUCGAACCACAGACGGAAGUAUGAGCCUGACUGUAAACACGUUUUUACUUCGCCAUACAUACACGUAGACUGUACUGUGGGUUUGUUAUAACGUUGUGCGGUAUAUGUGUACAGAAACAGUGAUUCGUUAAAUAACUCGUCACACGAUCUCAACUUUGGCUUUUAAUACUUUAUUCCAAAUUCGAACACGGAGAGUCGUUAAGCCGAGUUCUGCUAGUCAUUAAGUUUAGAAUUGGUUCAACUGUUUUUCGGGAAAUUACGGUCGCCAGUCACGUCGUUAAUGCGUCUAAGGCUCAUUUUCAAUCGCAAUAGUUGUAACACAACUUUCGUCAGCUAUUGUUCCUAAUCAAUGUCGGACUUGACUGAAGUUAGUGGCAAAGUUUGCUCUUAUCGAAAUUCUAAAUCCGAAGUAGAUUCGAAAGAAGGAGUUUGAUUCCGAGGCCAGGACCUUGCGGUGAAUUCUUUUCUUCCACACCAGUUUCAAGUUUCAGAGAAAACAAGCCCGACAAUGAAUCCAAAGUUCAUGAGAAUCGUACAGUCGUAUUGCGAUGACGUGUUGAUACCGAUGAAAAACACGCUAAAUGAGAAUCUAUUGAACGAAGCAACAGAAUCAGGCGUUGGAAAAAUCUAUUUUGGUUUUUAAGGUUCCGGAUGUUCUUCAGAUUUGUUGUGAUUUGUUGAUUUUUUGUAAAAAAACGUUCCUUUUAUUUUUAUAUUCCGUUACUUCUGAGCUUCACAAUAAGGUUUGCACUUUGUAACCACCUUAAGAUGGAAAAACCGGACUUCGAUAAACUGCAGAGGCUAUCGUCGAGAACUGAACAACGUUUAUAGGUAUAUAUUGCAAUACCGAUCUUUUCGUUCGCAUCAGAUAGCAGAAUGUAAAACAAACAAAGCGUGUGUAUAUAGACAGUGCGUGUAUGACCCUGUUAUGAGGAAUUGAGAUAACGUGCUAAUUAUUGACAUGAUAAUACUGUUAAAAUGACAAAGAAGAUUAGCUGCGGUUGAGGAACGAGACAAUAUGCUACAAUUAUUCUAAUAUUAUUUCUCGUGGGCAUGAAAGAGUGUCGAUUGUUGUUAUUGGGAAAUCUUAUUUCGAUCACGACUGGCGGUAGAUUGUGCAAUUGAUAAGAAGUAAAGUUUUGCGCAAGAGUCAAUGCGCAGUUAUAAUUUCGCGUUUCUAUUUUCGAAACGAUUUUAAGGAUAAAUAAAGUAAUGGCAUUUAAUUCUGAUACCGAUUCACUGCUACCAAGUAACGGGACUUGAUUGCAGGCAAUUCAAGGAAUAUUAUUCCGAUCAACACGCAGAAAGGAUUAUCGCGAACUAAUCACAGCUGCAUGAAAGGCAAUCACUUUUGCAAAAACGCGCGUGCAUUUGCCAGUCAAACAUGGGUUACGAACUACGCCGAGAUAACCCAGCAACCGAUGCUGAUACGUCGAAAGUAUUAAGCACACAAAGGCGAGUUAUCCUGUUGACUUGGCAAAUAUUGGCUUUCAUAUUGGGAUUGUUCCUCAUAGCCGCAGUAAUUACAAUUUUGGCCUUGCUUCAUUCAUGCUGUUCGUCACCGAGCUACGAUUAUCCAGAAUCUCUCAUUUCAUCGAUGGAUGGUGACGAUCUACCGUCGAACCUGCCGCUGACCCCGGUUAACACCACAUUUUCCGACUCACUGACGAACAUUAGCGGUCUACCAAUAAACAAUCUGAGAUUCGUCACACGGAACGAGUGGGGCGCCCAACCGCCAACGGAACCCCUAGGAAAGUUGAAACAUCCGGUUCCUUAUGUGAUCAUCAGUCACACCGCGACGGAAUUUUGCGACACGCAGUCGACGUGCACGUUUCGGAUCCGCUUCACCCAGGUGUUUCACAUGGAGUCAAGAAAUUGGUCCGAUAUUGCUUACAACUUUUUGAUCGGCGGUGAUGCUUACGCCUACAUUGGACGCGGCUGGGACCAUGUCGGGGCACAUGCCUACGGUUACAACUCGAGAAGCAUUGGAAUCUCUUUCAUUGGGACAUACAAUACCGUUGCACCUUCGGAUCACCAGAUGAACGCACUUCAGCAACUUAUUGAAAUUGGAGUAAAGUCCGGGAAAAUUGCUGCCGAUUAUAAACUUUUAGGGCACCGUCAGGUUUCGAAAACUCCGAGCCCUGGUGACGCGUUGUAUAAUAUUAUAACAACGUGGCCACAUUGGUCCCCCACGCCGUAAUAUUGUACGAGUAUA